AUGCCGGUCAUGAAGGGGUUGCUGGCCCCGCAAAACACCUUCCUGGACACAAUCGCCACCCGCUUUGACGGCACGCACAGCAACUUCCUGCUGGCCAACGCACAGGGCCCACGGGGCUUUCCCAUUGUCUACUGCUCCGACGGCUUCUGCGAGCUCACAGGCUACGGUCGCACUGAAGUCAUGCAGAAAACCUGCAGCUGCCGUUUCCUCUAUGGUCCAGAGACCAGUGAGCCAGCCCUGCAGCGACUACACAAAGCCCUGGAGGGCCACCAGGAGCACCGGGCUGAAAUCUGCUUCUACCGCAAGGAUGGUUCAGCCUUUUGGUGCCUCCUGGACAUGCUGCCCAUCAAGAAUGAGAUGGGGGAGGUCGUGCUGUUCCUCUUUUCCUUCAAGGAUAUCACUCAGAGUGGAAGACCAGGACUUGGCCCCCAAGGGGGCCAUGGGGACAGUAAUCAUGAAAACUCCCUCGGCAGGAGAGGAGCCAGGUCAAAAUUUCAGUCUGCCAGAAGGCAGAGCCGUACUGUCCUACACCGACUGACCAGCCACUUUGGCCGCCGGGGCCAGGGAGGCAUGAAGGCCAAUAAUAAUGUGUUUGAGCCAAAGCCAUCAGUGCCCGAGUACAAGGUGGCCUCCGUUGGGGGGGCCCGCUGCCUCCUCCUGCACUACAGCGUCCCCAAGGCCAUCUGGGAUGGCCUCAUCCUGCUCGCCACCUUCUACGUUGCGGUCACCGUCCCCUACAAUGUCUGCUUCUUGGGCGAUGAUGACUCUCCCAUCACUUCCCGACACACCCUUGUCAGCGACAUCGCCGUGGAGAUGCUCUUCAUCCUGGAUAUCAUCCUGAACUUCCGCACCACCUAUGUGUCCCAGUCCGGCCAGGUGAUCUCUGCUCCUCGUUCCAUUGGCCUCCACUACCUGGCCACCUGGUUCUUUGUUGACCUUAUUGCCGCUCUGCCCUUUGACCUGCUUUAUGUCUUCAACAUCACCGUGACCUCACUGGUGCACCUGCUGAAGACGGUGCGGCUGCUGCGGCUGCUGCGGCUGCUGCAGAAGCUGGAGCGGUACUCGCAGUGCAGUGCCGUGGUGCUCACGCUGCUCAUGUCGGUCUUUGCGCUCCUUGCCCACUGGAUGGCCUGCAUCUGGUAUGUCAUCGGGCGCCGGGAGAUGGAGGCCAAUGACCCGCUGCUCUGGGACAUUGGCUGGCUGCACGAGCUGGGCAAGCGGCUGGAGGUGCCCUACGUCAACGGCUCUGCAGGCGGCCCGUCACGGCGCAGCGCCUACAUCGCUGCGCUCUACUUCACGCUGAGCAGCCUCACCAGCGUGGGCUUCGGCAACGUGUGCGCCAACACCGACGCUGAGAAGAUCUUCUCUAUCUGCACUAUGCUCAUAGGCGCGCUGAUGCACGCCGUGGUGUUCGGGAAUGUGACGGCCAUCAUCCAGCGCAUGUACUCGCGCCGCUCGCUCUACCACAGCCGCAUGAAGGACCUCAAGGACUUCAUCCGUGUGCACCGUCUGCCACGACCGCUGAAGCAGCGCAUGCUUGAGUACUUCCAGACCACAUGGGCUGUCAACAGUGGCAUCGACGCCAACGAGUUACUGCGUGACUUCCCAGACGAGCUGAGAGCUGACAUUGCUAUGCACCUGAAUCGGGAGAUCCUGCAGCUGCCGCUGUUCGGAGCAGCAAGCAGGGGCUGCCUGCGGGCCCUCUCGCUGCACAUCAAGACCUCGUUUUGUGCUCCGGGCGAGUACCUGCUGCGCCGUGGGGACGCCCUGCAGGCGCACUACUACGUCUGUUCCGGCUCACUUGAGGUGCUCCGAGACAACAUGGUGCUGGCCAUCCUGGGGAAGGGGGACCUGAUUGGGGCAGACAUCCCUGAGCCAGGGCAGGAGCCUGGGCCGGGGACAGGCCCAAGCUGCGUGCUGAAGACCAGCGCUGAUGUGAAAGCACUGACCUACUGUGGCCUGCAGCAGCUGAGCAGCCAAGGGCUGGCUGAGGUCCUGAGGCUCUAUCCAGAGUAUGGGGCUGCCUUCCGGGCUGGCCUGCCCCGGGACCUCACCUUCAACCUGCGCCAGGGCUCUGACACCAGUGGCCUUGGCCGCUUUUCCCGAUCCCCUCGCCUCUCCCAGCCCCGCUCAGAAAGCCUUGGCUCCUCCUCAGACAAGACGCUGCCAUCCAUCACAGAGGCCGAGGGUGGCACAGAGCCUGGGGGUGGUCCCAGGCCCCGCCGGCCCCUCCUGCUGCCCAACCUCAGCCCAGCACGGCCUCGGGGUUCCUUGGUCAGCCUUUUGGGCGAGGAGCUGCCCCCAUUCUCAGCCCUGGUCUCCUCUCCUUCCUUAUCCCCAUCCCCUUCCCCUGCCCUGGCUGGCCAGGGCCACAGCCCCUCCCCUCACGGCCCCCCCAGGUGUUCUGCUGUCUGGAAGCCCCCACAGCUUCUCAUUCCCCCACUGGGAACCUUUGGACCUCCGGACCUCAGUCCCCGGAUAGUGGAUGGCAUUGAGGAUUCUGGCUGCACAGCUGAGGCCUCUACAUUCCGCUUCAGCAGGAGGCCUGAGCCCCCAAGGCCCCGCUCUCAGGCCCCCUCUACAGGGACCAGGCCCAGCUGGGAAACAGCCACUGAGGCUGAGGAGGUGAAGGAGAAGGUCUGCAGGCUGAACCAGGAGAUCUCCCGUCUCAAUCAGGAAGUGUCUCAGCUUAGCCGGGAGCUGCGGCACAUGAUGAGUCUGCUGCAGGCCAGGCUGUGUCCCUCGGGCCACCCAACAGUCUCAGCUUGGCCCCCAGGCCCUCCUUGUCCCCAGCUGAGGCCACCACGCACCUCUCCCUGUGUGUCCAGACCACCACCCAGCCUCCAGGAUACUACACUUGCUGAGGUCCACUGCCCGGCUGGUGUGGUGACAGCAGAGAUGGGGGCUGCUCCCCUGGACCUGAGACCUUCCAUGCUGCCUCCCUACCCCUCAGAGCCUGACCCUCUGGGACCCUGCCCAGUGCCAGAGGCCUCACCCCUAACCCCAAGCCUCACGAGGCACAGUUUCCGGUCCAGGUCAGACACGUUCCACUGA